GAGUUUUAGAGGAGCAGUCGUUUUAUUUUAUUCAACAGUCCUCUAGAUGGGACACUGACAAAAAAAUAGCACUGGUAUGAAAACAUGCCUCCAAAAUUCAAGCGCCACCUCAAUGACGAUGAUGUUACUGGGUCAGUCAAAAGUGAGAGGAGAAACCUUCUAGAGGAAGAUUCAGAUGAAGAAGAGGACUUUUUCUUGAGAGGGCCAUCAGGGCCAAAGUUCGGAUCCCAAAAUGACAAGAUCAGACAAGUUCAAAACCAGGUUGAUGAAGUUAUUGAUGUCAUGCAAGAAAAUAUCACCAAAGUGAUAGAGAGAGGAGAGCGGCUGGAUGAUUUGCAAGAUAAGUCAGAAAGCUUAUCAGAUAAUGCAACAGCUUUUAGUAACAGAUCCAAACAGCUCAGAAGACAAAUGUGGUGGCGAGGCUGCAAGAUGAAGGCAAUUGUAGCUUUGGUUGCUGUUGCUGUAUUGCUAAUCAUUAUUGUUCCCAUCAUCCUCAAACACCGCACUUGACUUGGAGAUGAACAUUCUUGUGGACACCACUUCAGGAUAAUAGCAAAGCUAGCAACUGUAUGAUUUCAGUGGGAUGUAUUGUGUAUAUAGCUGUGAAGUGCAUCCCACCCUCAACCCCCAGGGAAGCAUAUCCACCCAGUUCCACCAAGAGCAUCCAGAGGACCUGGCAAACAUGACUUUCAGUCAAGAAUUAACUAUACUGCCAAUAUCGGAUCCAAAACCUCAUUGUUGUUGUUACAAAGGAGACCUAUAUGGAAUCAGAUACGUCAGUAUUUCAUUUGUUUUUUUAAAUAAUGUAUAUAUAAGUGAGUGUGUGUGUGUGUUUAUAAUAUAUGUAUAUAUAAAAUUGGUAAUGUUAUUUAUAAUUUAAAUAGUUUCCUACAGCUAUUGAUAAAGUAGCAAGUAGAGGAAAGAAUUAUGGAGGGAAGAAGGAACUGUAUAGUCUAUAUCACUGUUUAAAAAAACAUUCUUUCUUCAACUAAAUAAUUACAAAGAUGACUUUCUUAUGGGGGGAAAUAUCCCAAAAUAUGGGUUUGCAAACCACCAUUCUGUAUUUAAGGGAUUCUGAAGUUCUGUGUUCUUGCUAUUCUAUAAAUGCAUUCUAGUAAAAAAACUAUUUUUGACUGCCAAUAUGUAGCUCUUAGUAAAUUACUGAAAUAAAGAAGCUUCUAAUUCAGUUAAGGCAACU